AUGCAAGUCAGAAAUAUUCAGAACAUAGCACCGAGUCUAACUGACAAGAGUAUAAAGAUAUACUAUGAACAUGUUAUGAUGAAACCAACCAAAAUUCAAGAAAGUCAGUAUACAUAUGAAUAUCCAAGACACUGGGUAGAGUAUGUAGGAGGUGAGAAAGCUAUUGAAAUCAGACAGGUUCGAAGUAUUCCAGCAGGAAGAACAAUAUUAUUGAAGAACUUUAAUGUUUUGAGGUAUAAUGAUGAAACAAAGAAGCAAGCUAGUUUCCCUGUUGCUGUGUAUGUGAACUUAGAUACAGGAGAUGACAUGAAAGUUUUUAAUACAAAGCUUCAAACGGUAGUGAGAGAACAACUGACUGCGGAAGGACAUCCAUUACCUUCAGAAGUUACCAUAGCAUAUAAUUUUGAAACAAACUCAAUAGAUUUUAAAGUCAUCUCUGCAAAGAAGUCAGGUUUUACAUUUAAUGAAGCAGAUGUAUAUUCGAAUGAAAACUUCAAAGCUAUUGCAUGGUUAGAUAAUGACGAUUGCUUUAAGAAAAUAUUUAAAUACAGUGACUCAACGAUGUCAAUAGAUGACCUUCGUGGAAUGUUACCAUCGACGUUUACAGUAGAAGGUUCAGCAGGAUUGCUUACAAGAUUGUCAAUUGGUGGUAUUUGGUCUCG